UGGCCAGUUCGCCGUGAGAUGGUCCCGCGAUCAGACGUUUCAUGCCAGUCUUCAUUUUCCCCAACACACGCGCACGCGGUAGAAAGUCGCACGAACGUUGAAAGUUUCGUUUCUUUUAAACUGUAUUUAUUAAAUUAUUACGUUUUUUUAAUCUGUGCUGAGCUUCAGUAAUAAAAACGUGCAUUCAAUAAAAAACUGUACAGUGACGAUAGAGUGAUAAAAAUUUCAAAAGACUAAAAUAAUAUUGUGUUUGUUGAUUCCGGAAGAUAUUUGAGAUAAAGUGAAAGCAUUUUCGUGGGAUAGUCCGUUUGAGGGAACAAGUAAGUUCUAGAAAACAAUGGAUCACCUGUUCCGGCAACGUCGGAUUAGCAUACCCAAGCGGACCAGUGAGCUGGUGGCGCUGGUGGCGGUAUCUUGCACACUGUUCCUGUUCUUACACACACGCGACCUCAGCACCAAGCUACGCCGCAUGCAGGGCAGACUUAAUGAUGACGUCACCGCCUUCAAUCACCUCACUGAUAGAGUCCAAACUGAUAGAAGUGAACGCGUAUACGCCUCCUCUCAAGAGUUCAAAGAAGCCCUCGAAGCUAUCAGAAGGAAUACUGGAGCGGAGCGCAGCAAACCGCAGAGGACGUUGGAGGCAGAAGAAGGGAGAUCGCAAGAGGACAUUGAACAGGAAUUGCUAGAUGAACUAUCGAUCCCAGAUCCUUGGGAGCUCAACAACACAGCGCGCUCCGAGAUGGAGUUGUUGUUUUUCAACCGUGUGCCGAAGGUCGGCAGCCAGACCUUUAUGGAGUUGCUACGAAGAUUAGCUAUAAGAAAUCAAUUCGGGUUCAACCGCGAUGCAGUGCAGCGAGUGGAGACCAUCCGGCUGGCGCCGGCAGACCAGCAAGUGUUAGUGAGCGUGGUAUCAGCGCACACGCCGCCUGCCUCCUACAUCAAACACGUCUGCUAUACUAAUUUCACGAGGUUCGGCUACCCGUCUCCUAUCUACGUGAACGUGGUGCGGGACCCGGUGGAGCGCGUUAUUUCCUGGUACUACUAUGUGCGUGCGCCCUGGUACUACGUGGAGAGGAAACGAGCCUUCCCAGACCUACCACUACCAGACCCAGCAUGGCUUAAGAAGGAUUUCGAGACGUGUGUACUGAGCGGAGACCGGGAGUGUCGUUACGUGGAGGGCGAGACGCACGAGGGCAUCGGCGACCACCGCCGGCAGACGCUCUUCUUCUGCGGACACGAGCCUCAGUGCACACCUUUCAACAGCCGUGAGGCGCUGCAGCGCGCCAAGCGCGUGGUGGAGCAGCAAUACGCGGUUGUCGGUGUUCUUGAGGACAUGAACGCGACGCUCCUCGCCUUUGAGCGAUACAUACCACGAUUCUUUCAAGGAGCUUUGAACUUGUACUGGGAAGAGCUGAACACGUUCAAUCGGAUCAACCGGAACGCAUUCAAGCCGCCUGUCUCCGAGGCGGUGAAGCAGAUCGUACGAGCCAACUUCACCAGGGAAAUUGAAUUCUAUGAAUUCUGCAAACAACGAUUGUACACACAACUGCGGGCGCUCCGAGACCCUGAUAUCACACUGACGCUUCCCACUACCACAGUCAAGAAACCCACAAGAACUGACUUCCAUGACAAUUAUUUAAGGCCGUAAUUUUAUUUGAUAGCUGUAUUUUUCCCCAAUGUUAAUGUUAAAAUACUCUAAACCAUGAAAUCUUCUAGAAAAUUCUUGUCAGAUUAGACAGAUCUGGUUUUCUCGUGGCAAAUAAACUAAGUUUAGUUAUAAGACUGUUAAUACGCAAUGCAAUAAGACUAAAACAACCUAACAUGAGUUUCUAACACAAACAUACAAACAACAUAUUGUCAUCCCACUCAUUCUCUAUUGAAAAAACAGCGAUGACAGUAUUUUUGUGCGUCUGUUUCGCAGCGGACACUCAUAGAAGAGAUCUAAAGAAUUUAUGGAAUAUGUGAAAGUAAUGUAAUUCAUUGACAAACUGAGGCUGACAUUUUUAGGUUAGAAAAAUUUAAUGAAAAUUUAAAUAUUAUGGACCAUGGAUUAUACCAAAACAUUUUUGGGUAUAUAAGUCAACAUUUGCUCUUUUUUCAAACUUAUUGUUAAUUAAGGUCACAAUUAAAUUAUUUUAAGAUAUUUAGGACCAAUUAGGUACAAUUUAAACUGAAUUAAACAGUUUAAUUUAAUUAAAAUCAACUUGCAUUUAAAAGUUGAACUUUAAUUUUAUUUUUAAAAACUCCCAGAACUUUAAUGAAAAAAAUAUUAAAACUCCGAAAAGGCUGUUUUUGUAUACUUAAAAUUAAGUAGAAAAUAAUUUAAAAAUGUCCCAUUGUUUUCCGAAAUUAUUUCAGCUGUCUUUUAUUUGGUUUUUAUCGUGGACAUACUACUAGAACAGGAAUGAGCUCUUGUAAAAUUGAAGCCGAUUGAAACCUCAACAAGAUUCUUACGCCCUUCGCAUAAGGUUUUAUUUUCUUAAUUUUAACUGCACGAUGUACAGAUAGAACUCAUUCCUGUUGCACGUAGUACUCAUUACUUCCAUGGUUUUUACGUUUUUGUUAUCUGUCGUUUAAAAUACUCACCGCAUCAAUGUUAUAAGAUAUAUUUAACUAGUGUACUUCUCUGUGAAGUUUUGUAUAAAUAUUUAGUACUGAAGUGUUUAUUCAUUGUUUACAUUUUAAAGAAAUUUUUAUCUUAAGGUCUCGCUCUUCAACCUUAGGUAGAUAAUUCUUCUGAAUGUUAAUCAUUGUAAAAAAUGUCACUAUGUUUAGCAACAACUUAUUUAUUAAUGAUAUCCAAUAAAUGUGAUAUGUUUAGCCUUACAUUUUUUUUAAGUGAUAUUGCUUUUGUACAUUAAAAUGAGCGUAUGAUUUA